GGUGUUAGUAGCUGGUUACACUUCAAUCGAGUUUUAGGUCGCUCAGAAUAAAAUUCGCGAACUAACAAAUUGGCAACAAAUUUCCGAUUGGCGCCCAAAGUGUUAAAUAAGUGCUAAGUUAAUCAGUUAUUGUGUUGGCAACAUGGCAGAAGCUGUAAAAAAUGAAAGUGGCUCCCAACAGCGGCCUUUGGAUGGCGGCGGAGGAGGGGGUGGCAGUGGAGGAGGAGGUGGUGGAGGGGGUGGCGCGGGCAUGCCCAAGAGGAAACAUCGCCGGGGAAAGAAGUCCAAGAUGCUGCCCAAGAAAACCAAGAACCAUUACCCGCAGUGGAAACUCGAUAUGCCCACGGGUGCGGGUGCAACGCUGGAGGGGAAUCAACGGCAGAAUAGCAGAACCAAGCUGGUUCGUUCGCGGUCCUUGCUCGUUCCGUACAACACCAACCGCUUCCUGAUGGAGGAGCACAUGUCGGAGCUGCACAAAGAUGACUCCGACGACAACUGUUUUGGCUCGCAGACCGAGGACCAGGUGCUCUUCCUUUCCAAGGAGUUCUCCGAUGUCUACGAGCGGGCGCGACUCGAACGUCUCGAGACGAUGAGCAAGCAGGAGCUCAUCCAGGAGUGCUUGCAGAUCGAAGAUCGGUAUUCGAAGGCCCAGAACAUGUCCAAGGAGUUUGGAGCCAAGUUACGAGCGCAGGACGACAAGCUACGCCAGCUGACGAGGGAGAAUCAAUUUCUGCGCUCCCACUUCUUGCGCUCGUGUUCCGCGACAGCUGGACCAGCAGCAGCUGCAGCGGCCGCAGCUUCCCCGCCCUCGGCGGUGGCGCCCACGCCCAGCUCCGCUUGCGAGCUGCAGGCCAGACAACAGCCGCCCCAGCAGCCACAGCCUACACCCAUGGACUCCUCCAGCGAGGACAGCGAGAGCGACAGCAGCAGCACCACGUCGAGCACCACAUCCAGUACUUCCUCGAGCAGCAGCGAUGGCCACGAAAUGGGCGUGGCCGGCCUGAACAUCGCCAAUGGGCAUGCCGAGCGGCACGAGAGGAGUCGUACCCGAUCGAGGUCUAGAUCACCAAUCCACCUGAAUGGCCAUGCCAACGAGGAGGAGCGUCAGCGCCUGCUUGACGGAAAUCAAAUGGAAGAGGAUGACAACUCCAGCGAUGUACCCAGACCGGGUGAUGCAGUUGUCAAAUAGGAUGGAGUAUGUCACUCCGCCCCGUGUAAAUAAAAGACUCAAUUGUGGUAGAAUGUGGCGACAAAUGGACAAAAACCUUGUUUAGUUUUUAAGUCAUCUGUGGACGCCUCAAUCGUGGGGAGUUCAUUUCAAUCAUCAGUUAGCUCAUCAGAAAGCAUUCAUCAUAAAGCAUUAGCAUUACCUUAUUAUCUGCAUACGACGCCUCCCAAUUGUAUUUUUGUUGGUCUGUAUGGUGUAUAGUUUAGCGAUGUUGCCUCACGCGUUGAUUUUAAUGGAAUUUUGUAUAAUGAAAAAUCGAUUUGUAGGUAAAUAAAAAGUUAAAACGUGAAUUUGAA